UCUUGCUGCCACGUGCUUCACGAGCGCACGCCCCGCGCUACGCCGGCCGGUCUGCGAAUUCAAAUUUCUGUCAAUCGAAUUUCAAAUUCGUGACCAAAAAUUAUUUUCCACCCCCGCAAUCUUCCUUCGCGCUCAGUAAUUAUGUUUCUUUUUUCUGGAUAUUUUUACGUGACAUUCCAUUAGUAUGUAACAGUUUUUGUGUUAUUUUAUAAGCAUAGCAAAGUGGACAUUGGAGUGGACGUCCCGGAGAAUAAAUAAUAAGGCUCAUAAAGGACGCUUAGGAGUUUGAGUAACGGAGAAGCUUAACGAGGACGAGGGAGAAGUCGAUUUAAAAUGCGAAGGAAGUGGAUGAUGGGAGUGACAAACGGAAGGGCUCUCGGUGGCCCAACGUCUCGAAGAUAAGCGCGGCUCCGGAUGGACGUGGGCGAUCUGUCGAAUGCGCCAGGAUUGGCUGCCAGUGGAGCAGCCGUUCUCGGUCCCGGUGGCUUCGCGCCCACUACUUCUGGAUUUACUUCCAUCAAUAUCAAUAACAAUAACAAUAACAUUAAUAAUAACAAUAACAGUAACAAUAAUAAUAAUAGUAGCAGUACUCAAAUCGGGGGCAGCUUACACCCGAAUGCUGGAUGGUGGACUCCAAGCUCGACGCUCGUUACGGCCCCCGCAAACGCCGACGUGAUGAAUCAGUUGUGCCGAGUCUGCGGCGAGCCGGCGGCAGGUUUCCACUUCGGAGCAUUCACAUGUGAGGGUUGUAAGUCAUUUUUCGGGCGAACCUACAACAAUCUGGGCAGCAUAUCCGAGUGCAAAAAUGGCGGAGUCUGCGUGAUAAACAAAAAAAAUCGCACGGCGUGCAAAGCAUGUCGUUUGCGCAAGUGUCUGAUGGUCGGGAUGUCGAAAUCUGGAUCCCGGUACGGGCGGCGCUCUAAUUGGUUCAAAAUCCACUGUCUCCUGCAGGAACAGUCGCACCAGGCGCAGCAACGGCUCAAAGACUCAACCAAGUUACCUUUUGACAAAGUCCUGACUUCGUUGGAUGCUGCCAAUAAUAACAACAACAACAACAGCAGCAGCAACAACAACAGCACGAAUUUUGCAGCAGCCUCAGGUCAGGGGAUACCUGACCGCAAAGAAGAUCCAAUUCUGUCACCAAGGCUACCCCCGCGUCCUGAUUUGCUGCCCCAUGAUCUGCUGAGACCCGAAAUAACCCGGUUUCCAUUGUGGCGAGGCCCUCCCUUCUUCCACCCCCUCUCACCGAUGCAGCUUCUCAACACACCGUUCUUUCCGUUCCAACAACGCUUCAUGGUCCCUUACAUCAACAGUCAAGUGAACCAGCAGGUCCCCGUCACGAGCUUGUCCAGCUCCUCAAGCGAAAGCGUCUCGCCGCGAUCCACCCCUUCCCCAAAAGGGUUCCUGCACCUCGAAAAGUCUGAAACGAGCAGCCCUCCAAUAGGAGGCGACAAGAGCCUCGCCUUUCUGAAAUCUCUUGGCCCAGAGCAAGAAGAGCCGAUGGACCUGAGCAGGAAAAGUGCGGAUGUUAAAGAUCUGAUAGACGAUAGCUGUGAUUCUGAUGAUAGCGUUGAAGAAAAACCUGAAAUUGCUGAUAAUGUGGAAGAUAGAGUUGAAAACGAUGCUAAUCCACCUCUAGAUCUUAGUUGGAAGACAUGACAUCUAAUUAUUAAAUAUUCUUGGUAUAAACAAUUGAAUUUAAUGAGUUUCUAUUUAAAAAAUAAACAAAAAGUGACUUUACAACAAAACUCAUUUCAGUAUUUAAGAGGCACUGUGUGUUGUAAAUUGUGAUCAGUUGUUCGAUAAAAUGGCCGCCAGUGUAACCAAAAUGGCAGACUCAAGUGAUUUAAAUGAAUUGGUGGUAAAAAUAGUAUUUUCCACAAAAAACAAUAAUUGUAAGAUAAAUAUUAUCUGGUAAUUUUGUAUUGUAUAUGCUCAAGUGUUUAUAAUUAAUGUCUAGGAAACGAGGCCAGUGUGUAAAUAAUAAAAUGUUUAAUAAAUAAUAUUUAAAUGAU